CAACAACACAGUCGUCUCUUUUACUUUCACGUUUGUCUGUAUCUGGUUUAGACUAUCCACGCUGGCAUUGAAUGUCAGCCCAGAGAUCCAGAUCAGUCUACGAUAGUCGCCAAGGAAGUGUGUUGUGAGUUUACUCGCGGUGCGAGUCUAAUAAAACAAUAAUUUUGAUAAGUUUCGGUAUCUCUUCCAAUAUCGAUACGAGUGGGGAGCGUGUCAUUAGUGUGAAAACUGGGGUUUCGUGCGUGGUGAUGAAAGCGACUCCGGCGUAACAUUGAUUGACGACUUGCUUUACCUCUCAAAGCUCGUUUCGGUGGUAUUCUUCAGCAGGAUGGGUGCCUCUAAUAUCGAGGAGCUAUCCCUGUACAACAGCUCUAUCCUAGCGAAUCUUAACUUUGCUGGUUCACCGGCCACAUUCAACCCGCCCAUAUCGGCCGACAAUCCCGGCGAACCAUGGCUGAAAGUUCGCCCUCUGCAAACCGGCGAUUUCCACCGUGGAUUCCUGCAGAUAUUGUCUCAGCUGACGGCGGUCGGCAACGUUUCUUUGGCGCAAUUUUUAAAUCGAUUCGCCCAAAUGCGUGCCAGUGGAGACUAUUUCGUUACGGUAAUAGUCGACACCCGGAGUGAUAAGAUUAUCGGAAGUGCCACUCUGGUGCUCGAGCACAAGUUCAUCCACGGCUGUUCAGUCCGGGGUCGCUUGGAGGAUGUGGUAGUAGAUGACACCUAUCGAGGCAAGCAGCUUGGAAAGCUAAUCGUCGUAACCGUAUCGUUGCUCGCUCAACGUCUGGGCUGCUACAAGAUGUCUCUGGACUGCAAGGACAAGCUGAUUCCGUUCUACAAAUCGAUAGGCUACGUACUGGAACCCGGAAACUCCAACACGAUGAACAUUCGCUACGAGCAGCCAAGCGCGGCGGUUUCUGCCAACCACACGUCGGGCUCAGAACCGACACUCCCAAUCGAUCCCUCCUGACAAUUAGCCGCCGGUACUGCGAACCAAAAAUCCAAGCUCUAAAGUCCAAAUGCGAACAGUGGCCGCAUUAUCAAGAAACUCAGCUGCACAGGACAGCCACAAUUCGUCCAAAAUUUCGUUGAGCAUCAAGCUUCUCCUGUUACCAUCACCAGCAUGCAGCUAAGUUUUCAACGGACAGAGCAUCGGUUUUCAAUUAUGAUAUAGUGCGAGCACGUCGGAUUAUUUCAAUAAUUGGAUUUCAAUUGGAUUUUUGAUAGUAGUAUCUGGCACAAGACUGGAUUAUUUUCAUAUUUUUUUCAUUGUGGUGAAAGUGUUUUAUUGGGCCUUUUAAUAUCUAUGUUUGAAAAAGAAAAUACUAAAUCACGGAGCAUGCCAAAUUCGCACUCUGUGUCGCUGUUUAAAAAUUCUCUUUUAUUUAGUAUUAAAGAUACCAAAAAAUAA